UUCCCUCCCCGCCCCAGCCCGGCAGCCCUUUCGGCGCCGGGGGUCUCGCCGCGGCACCCUCGCCCCCUGCGCGCCCCCGCCCGUUCUCCCUCCCGCUCGCCUUUCCAGGGGCUCCUGUGCGCGCUCCCUCCCUCCUUCCCCGCCUCCUCCGUCUCUCCCUGCCCGCUCCGCUCCCUCCCGGCGCCCGCCAUGGCGAGCACGGACGUGCUGGAGGACGCGGUGGAGGAGCGUGCCAUCAGCGAGCAGUACAAGAUCUGGAAGAAAAACACUCCUUUCUUGUACGAUCUGGUGAUGAUACACGGCCUGGAGCGGCCCAGCCUCACGGUGCAGUGGCUGCCAGAUGUCAGCAGGCCAGAAGGAAAGGAUUAUGCUCUGCACUGGCUGAUUUUGGGAACACACACAUCCAAUGAACAGAACCACCUGGUUGUUGCCAGAGUCCAGAUUCCCAACAAUUAUCAGUUUGAUUCUUUGAACUCUGACAGCGAGAAAGGAGAAUUUGGUGUAGAGUUUGGCUUUGGAUCUGUGACUGGCAAAAUUGAGAUAGAGAUUAAAAUUAACCAUGAGGGUGAAGUGAACCGUGCCCGUUACAUGCCGCAGAAUCCCUGCAUCAUCGCAACCAAAACGCCCUCUGCUGAUGUGCUGCUGUUUGACUGCACUAAAUAUCCUUCAAAACCAGACCCAAGUGGAGAGUGUAAUCCUGAUCUUAGAUUAAGAGGACACCAGAAGGAAGGCUAUGGCUUAUCAUGGAACUCAAAUUUGAGUGGACAUCUUCUCAGUGCAUCAGAUGAUCAUACGGUGUGUUUAUGGGAUGUAAAUGCUGGACCCAAAGAGGGCAAGAUUGUUGAUGCAAAAGCCAUCUUUACUGGGCACUCUGCAGUAGUGGAAGACGUGGCAUGGCACCUGCGCCAUGAGUCUCUCUUUGGAUCCAUGGCAGAUGAUCAGAAGCUUAUGAUCUGGGACACGAGAUAUAGCGCCACGUCCAAGCCGAGUCACUCAGUAGAUGCUCACACAGCCGAGGUCAACUGUCUGUCCUUCAGUCCUUACAGCGAGUUCAUUCUGGCAACUGGCUCUGCUGACAAGACGGUGGCUCUGUGGGAUCUUCGAAACUUAAAGCUGCAACUCCAUUCUUUUCAGUCUCAUAAGGAUGAGAUUUUUCAGGUUUGCUGGUCUCCCCAUGAUGAAACUGUUCUUGCUUCAAGUGGUACCAAUCGUCGCCUUAACGUGUGGGAUCUGAGUAAAAUUGGAGAAGAGCAGUCUGCAGAGGAUGCAGAAGAGGGGCCUCCUGAGCUGCUGUUUAUUCAUGGAGGACACACUGCCAAAAUUUCAGACUUCAGUUGGAAUCCUAAUGAGCCUUGGGUAAUCUGUUCUGUAUCAGAGGACAACAUAAUGCAGAUAUGGCAGAUGGCCGAGAACAUUUACAGUGAUGAAGAACCAGAUAUAACAGCAGCUGAACUGGAAGCUCAAGGAAUGUGACUUUUCUUCUUUAAGGAACUACUGGGAAUGACAUAGUAAUAUAAUUUUUGACUAUUGUAUACAUAAAGUAAAGCCCUGGAAAAAACGCACAAAACCAAAUACCAAACCAAAAAACCCCACAAUCACUGGGCAGAAGCAUUGCAUCAAAGCAAGAAUAUUCCUAAUGGGAUUAAACAAAAAGCUUGUUUAAUCAAGUUGUCAUGGGAUAUCCUUGGUUCAGUGGGCACUUUGAGCUAUUUUAUACUGUACAGCAAUUAGUUUUAGAGAAAAUAAGAAUGACUUAAUACCUAUGUCUAUAUUUUUAAAUAAAUUUUGUGUGUUCCUGUAAAUAAAAUGGUCAAAUCCUCACUCUUCAUACAUAGAAACUGUAUUAAAAAACCCCUUUUGUAUUAAUAUGUAAAAGAGCUUUUCACUUUUACACACCACUUUUGUAUUGGCUUUGUAUAAGUAAAAUCUAUUAAAAAAG